AAUCCUGUUUAUUCCUGAAAUAGCUAGUCUAUUCUAAGUGAAGUAGAUGCUUGGUUGGGUGGUGCAGGGACAGUCAUAGAACAGUUUACCAUUAUUUUCCUUCUCUGAGGUACCUACCUGUGAUUACACACUUCCUGCAACAAUAACAAAAGCAUCUAAAAUGGGGGAGGUUGUGAUCAGAACAACCAAUGACAAUGCAGGAAUACAUUUUCCUGAAAGACACUGCAGCUCUGUACAGCCUCCUGAUACGUUACCUGGGCAAGCUCUAGCCAAGCAUCUCAUUGCCUUUCCAUUACCAACCAGAACUUAGGCUCAUUGUGUCCUCUAAGCUCGAACAGACAAGGUGGUCCUCUGUAGUUGGCUUUAUUCACAGACAAAGACAAUUAAGGAGCCAUGGCUGUUGCAAAUUUCCAAUACAUAACUCGGAUGAGCAGUGGUUUCAAAGUCUACAUCUUGGAAGGUCAGCCCAACCAAAGAAGUGAAGAUAGAUUCAGGCAUAUGGCCAAUGAGAGAGUUCGAGUGCCCCAAGUGCACCCGGUCAAGCGCAAGCACAGCUUUGAGUGUGGUCUAACAUUGGAAGAAAGGCGAGAAAGGGCACAAAGCAGGAGCAACAUGAGAAGGCCAACUGUGUUUAGUGUUCCCCAGAGUCCCACAUCCUCCUGGAGCCCAACCCCCAGCCCCACAGGUCAUUUGCCCUGCCAUGUGUAUCCCACACCACCUAUUGAUGAGCCACUGGACCUAAUUAAGAAACCAAGGAAAGAGCCUGAGAGAACAGAGGAGAAAACCAAAAGCACCGCAGCCAUCAAUCAGAUGCGUCCUUCUGUGAUCACCUGUGUGUCCUCCACAAGAAAGCCCACCUGCAGAUCUGAGGUCGGCAGCAGUAGCCACUCCUCCACAGUGUUAUCUAAGCACAGCUAUGACCAUGUUGUGGAGGAACAUUUCAAGAGAAGCCUGGGGAUGGACUACCAAAUGGCCAGCUCCCGCCAACUCUCCAUCAGCGUCUCUGUGGAUGACCAUUUUGCCAAGGCCUUGGGAGAAAAGUGGUUUCAGAUCAAAUCGAAAUCCUCCUCAUGCUCCUCGUCUACAUCCUCUCCACCCAGCAGCCCAAGUUUCACUUACUCCCCCAGCUAUGGCCACAGCCCAAACCAAGCUCCCAAAGAGUCUCCAAGUACCACCACUCCCACCUCCAGCUUCUGGUCAGUCAAAUAAAACUACAGAGAGCUUUCCUGGAGAAAGAGUGAACUUUGAGACAUAGCAUUUAAUGCGAUACAGCGGCAGAUCCAUGCUUUUCAAGGAAUAAGAGCACCAAGGAGACAACGUUGGUGAAAGUGUAUACUGGAGAACAGGAAUGCAGGAAUACUAAGCUACUCUAUAUGGUUGAACCAUUGAGUGCAUCUCCAUGAGUCUAUUCCCUGCCAGUGGAAAGGGGAGUUAUUUCAAUUUCAGGGGACAAGCAAAUGUUGCAGUGAUGUCUUUAUUUCUCAAUUUCUGUCCCAGCCUGUCCCAGCCUUUUCAAUAGCAUAUCUAUCUCUGAAUAGAUGGUGAUGUGGGAUGAUAGUUGGAGAAAAGAAAUGUGCCAUUAUAUUUCAUUAAAUGUGCCAUAUUUCAUUUCAUUAAGGUGAUGAUGCCACUACUUUCGUGAUACUGUAUUUAUACUAUAUGUUUUUUAACGAACCUGGAUCCUAUUUUCUGUCUAAUAAAUUAUCUACUGUAUAUAGUGCUAACAAAUUCACAAAAUCUGUUCAAUACAGUAACUUCAUGUUUUUGUAUAAACUAUGGACAUCUCAAAAGGAAAAACCUAUUUGUGUUGGGAUAUUGCAAGUUAUUCCAUUAGCUUUAUGAAUUCAAACUUAAGCUAACCUUAUUAUUGUAUAAAAAAUAAACCUGGAGAUUUCAGAAAGAAAAUGUGUGUGCAAUUUAUACAUUAUGUACUUGUUCGAAAAAAAUGUAAUGCUUAGAAAACAGUUGAAAUGUAUGUACAAAACAUUAGGAACACCUUCCUAAUAUUGAAUUGCACCCACAGUCUCUCUUUGUCGAGGCGCUUGGGACCUACUACCAUACCCCUUUCAAAGGCACUUAAAUCUUUUGUCUUGCCCAUUCAUCCUCUGAAUGUACACCAUCCAUGUCUCAACUGUCUCAAGUCUUCAUCAUUCUUUAACCUGUCUCAUCCCCAUCAUCAACACUGAUUUGAAGUGGCUUUAACAGGUGACAUCAAUAAGGGAUCAAAGCUUUCACCUUGAUUCACCUGGUCAUUCUAUAUGGAAAGAGCCUAAUGUUUUGUACACUCAUUCAGUUCAUUAUCAUUACCUCCCUUGAGUCUAUGAUUGUAAUUGUUGUACAUAAGUUUUUAAUAAAAUACCACUGACUUACA